AUGGAGUAUAUACAGAGGGAGUUUGCACAAUUGGUGAAGAAUAAAGAAUUUAAAUUUCAUCCCAGAUGCAAAAAACUUGGAGUGGUACAUGUUUGCUUUGCAGAUGAUCUUCUUAUGUUCUGCAAGGCCGAUUUGAAAUCUAUUCGAUUGCUGAAGCAGACAUUCCUAAAGUUUUCUGAGGCAUCUAGUCUUCAAGCAAAUACAGAUAAAAGCUCUUUUUAUCUAGCUGGUAUUUCAAAUGGCCAGAAACAGGACAUUCUACAAGAACUGGGCUAUUCUGAAGGCACUUUGCCCUUUAAAUAUCUUGGUGUUCCUUUGGCAUCUAAAAAGCUCUCAAUCAUUCAGUGCUGGCCAUUAGUAGAGAAGAUUACACAGAGAACAAACUGCUGGACUGCAAGAUUACUUUCAUAUGCAGGACGAUUACAGUUGAUUAAAUCAAUUCUUUUUGGAGUUCAAUCAUACUGGGCACAGAUUUUUCUUUUACCUAAAAAGGUGAUGAAGAUGGUUGAGGCUAUUUGCAGAUCAUUCCUAUGGACAGGUACCUCUACUGUCUCUAAAAAGGCACUAGUUUCAUGGGAGAAAGUAUGUUUACCACAAGUUGUAGGGGGCUUAAAUGUGAUGAACAUGAUCUGUUGGAACAAAGCAGCUAUGGCAAAGCACUUGUGGGCAGUGGCAAAAAAGAAAGACUGUCUAUGGAUCAGGUGGAUUCAUACCUUCUAUAUAAAGAACCACAUAUUAGAGCACAUGCCAAUACCUAAGAAUGCAGCUUGGGUAGUUAGGAAAAUCCUAGAGACAAGGAAAUUCAUUGGAGAACUUCAAGGUAUUCAAGGUGAUCUCAAUAGCAGGCUAUGUCAACUACAACAGGGAGAGUCUUUUAAUAUCAGGAAACUCUAUCGUUUGCAAGUCCCUCUGCUACAUCGGGUGCCUUGGAAAGGUAUUAUUUUGCAACCAAAUCUACACCCCAAAUUCAAAUUCAUAUUAUGGUUAGCAUUACAGAGAAGACUGGCUACAGUUGAUAGGCUUCUGAAGUUUGGGGUUCAAGUUCCUCAGCAACGUAUCUUCUGUAAGCUAGCUGAUGAAGUAUUUGAUCAUCUUUUCUUUGAAUUCACUAUGACCAAAGAAAUAUGGUCGAUAUUGCUGAAAUGGCUAGGUCACAGUAGACCUAUUCGAGAUUGGCAGAAUGAAGUUAAUUGGAUAAAUCAAGGUGCUACAAGAAAAAAUGGACAUUGGGCAAUAGUGACCUGUGUAUUUGGCAUGCUGAUCUAUACUAUACGGAGGGACAGGAACAAGCUCAGAUUCCAUGGAGGGACAAUAACAGUCAAAUCGUAA